AUGGCUGGGCGGCGGGUUUUCGGAAAACGAUCGUGCGGAAACGGUUAUUCGGGGGAUCUUCGGUUUCCUGAGAUUAAGGAUAUUCUUCUUGGGAUAGGUUAUACACCACCUCACAGAAAUUCAGUACAAAAGAGCCUCAAACAUCUUCGAAGAAAACAUCAUGAUCAAUUAAUUGAACAUCUUAAAAAUAUUCAAUCAUUGUCAAUUACGACUGACUUCUGGACAAAUCGAGCAUUAGAAAGUUUUCUAUGUAUAACUGGUCAUUUUCUGGAUGAAAAUUUUAAAUCGGAAUCUAUUAUACUGAGUUUUUCGUCGUACAAACAUCGACAUGUGUCAGCAAAUAUCGCACAAUCUAUCAUUAAUCGAUUAAAAGAACUAGGUGUCUAUGAAAAAUUACAUAGUAUUACGUGCGAUGGUGCCGCAAAUAUGACCAAUGCGUGUAAUCAGAUUAGUACAGAAAUACCACGACUAUGGUGCAUUGCUCAUCGUUUACAUCUAGUUAUUUGUAACGCACUCGGUUUUUGGAUGAAAGCAAAAAAGUCGACUGAUGAUAUAAUAAUGGAUAUUUUGGAAAAUAGUGAUGGAAAUGGGGACGCAGAAGAGGAGGAUGAAACAGGUAUCUAUUAG